GGCUGCUCGAUUGCUCAGAUAGUCUUCAGCAGCAGAGCUGGAAGGAUUAAUCAUCCUUCUGCAGGCUGCACAGCGAACACUCUCCAGAAGACAGCGAGGCCUCAGAAGGACCUGCUAACGAGGAAUCAUGAGCACCGACCAGCACAACCACUCGCUGGACUUCCUGAACGGGACGCCGUGGUUCGUCUUCGAGUGCACCAUCGAGCUGGACAACAACUCGCGGCGCAUCGCCCUCUUCCUCAUCUACCUGUUCAUCUUCGUGGUGGGGCUGCUGGAGAACCUGGUGGUCGUCUGGGUCAACUGGCGCCGGCGGCACUCGGCCAACAGCGUCCUCUUCUGCAUCAUCAACGUGAGCCUGUCGGACCUGAUGGUGAUCGUGAUCCUGCCCUUCUUCAUGAUGGAGGUGACCAUGGACAAGGUGUGGCUCUGGGGCCGCUUCCUCUGCAAGGUCACCAACCUCGUCUACCUGGUCAACUUCUACAGCAGCUCCUUCUUCUUGGCCGCCAUGACGCUGGAGCGCUACCUGUCCCUGAGCCGGCCGUCGUCCGCCGCCUUCUUCCCGGUGGCGGGCCGGCAGCGCUGGGUUCUGUGCGGGGGCCUGUGGGUUCUGUCCCUGUUCCUGGCCCUGCUGGAAAACGUCCACGUGGACAUCCUGGAGUGGGACGAGCCGGGCUGCUACAUGCUGCCCGAGCACAACUUCACCGAGUGGUUCGUGUCGGUGGCGCUGAUCGGGAUGCUCUUCCAGUUCCUCGUGCCCGCCGCCGUCAUCAUCACCUGCAACCUGCUGAUCGCCCGGGCGGCCCGGACGGCGCCGGACGUGGAGGGCCGGCGGGACGUGUGGCUGGUCCACGUGUACUCGCUGGUGUUCGUGGCGUGCUGGCUGCCGUACCACCUGGUCAUCUUCCUGAUGAUGAUCGACGACCUGAACCCCUACAUCUUCAGCUGCAACACGGUGGAGGUGCUGUACUUCUCCUUCAGCGUGCUGCAGAGCCUCUCGCUCUUCCACUGCGUCGCCAACCCCGUCCUCUACAACUUCCUGAGCCGGAGCUUCAGGAACAACCUGGUCAACACCGUGCUGAACCACAUACCCAGACCGGCGGAGCAGGAGGGCGCCGCCUCCAAACCCAACGGCCCCAACGGAGGCGACCCGGAGAAGCAGCGCAAGAUCAGCAACGCCAGCACCAGCCAGUCGGACGUGGGAUCGUAAGAGAAGAAGAACGAAACCGGCAGAACUGAGCGCAGACUGAUCCCAUAAUCCUGUUCUGUGUUAAAAGCAUGUAUCUGAUGGCGGGUUGAAACGGAGGAGGGCAGGAAAUGUUUGAUGCUUUUUUUCCGCCGAGCUGCUCGACUCCCACAGGAACUCGUGGCACCAUCUGAAAUCUUAACAAAGAAGAAGCGCCACACCAGGAAUGCGCGUAAACAAAAUUCUGUCCCAACAGGAUGCAAAUAUCGCAGCUGUAGCUACUCGAUGCUUAUUUAUCUGUCUCUGAUGUAGUGCUGCUCUGUUCAAAUGCAAUAAAACUCCCUCCAACACCGUCUCCGUCCGUCUGCGCUUAGCGAAGGAAAAAAAAAAAGAGCCUCAGAGACGCAUGUAUGUGGAAGCUGGGUGUUUAUUCUACGAGCCGCUCCGCUAUCUCCCCGCUAACGAGCUUUAUUACAGUCGCUUCCAUUUCUGGAAUGUGUUCGACAGUUUUUAACGAGAUAAGAAAAAAAAAAAAAAGAAAACAGGGGGGGGUUUCAGUCCACAGAUGGCACAAUAGCAGGAAGAGUCCACAGGCCGAAGGUCAGGACGCCUGGAAGCACGUUUCUGCAAGUUCAUCACUGAAAUUCUGAUGAUGGACGUAAAAAUAGUUCAGGGGCUGAUAACAGUCGUCCUCCUCCUCCAGGCUUUGUAUGAUUCUCAAAAACAUUCAUCGAUAGCUUUAGAAACAGUUAAUGAGACGUAUAAAGGCACCAAAACAAUAAUAAUAAAUACUCGUCAUAAAUAUGAGGUAAGACACGAACAUCACACAGAAUCACGUUCCUACAACACGACUUUAAGGACGCGUAAAAAAACCGUCGCGUGUGAAAAUAGUGACUGUAAAUAUAAGAAAAUAAUCUUUGUGCUACAAUGAGGCGCUACAGUUAGAAACGAUCCUGAUAUAGAAACAUACAGACGUGUUCGGGGUUCAACGACAGCUUUCAGCCGCCGAACGCUGCCCCCCAGUGGCUCCUCGGUGAACAGCAGCCGGUCCAGUAGAUAUCAUACAUUCUAAGACAGAGCUGCGAGAUGAACAGAAAACCCACCAGAACCGGUCCUGAUGGUCAGAACAGCCAUCAAACUAAACGUAUAACAUCCUCCAGUUGAACGUCUGAACGGGAAGAAUUUGCAGAUUUUUGUGUUUAAAGUCAAACUUUUUGUGUUUUGGACAAAAAAAAAAAGCAAUUUUACAGAAAUAAUAAUCAAAAAUAUAAUCAAUGGAAAUAAUCUUCAGUCGGGAACAAUAUUGAUUAUUAGUAAAUAAUUUCCAGCCUGAUGUUUGUUUGUUUUUUAUAUAAAGUGACAACGUUUGUGUUUGGGAAACAAAUUAAAGAUUAAUUGACUGAU